CAAGUUCGAGAACGAGAUGGUCGAGAUGAAGCAGCGGCGAAUGGUGGCGAAGGUAGCCAAGAUCAAGGCCAAAAAUGCCUUGCUUGAUGCAACCCUGGAGAUUCGAAGCAAGUCCGAGGCAAGGAAGCUGACCGGUGUACAGGUUAACCUGCACUUCGCCAAGUUCAAGCUGAUCUGGGGUGCGCAAUUGACGCUCCCACCGGGUCGAUCAAGCAUGGCGGUCAAGCUAUGGCAGGAGGCCUUAAUCGGUGUCUUUCGGGAGCAUUUGCGGCUUUUAUCCGAGGGGGCAGUGCGCGCGACCAGGGAGAGCGACGUCGAAGUGGUUCAGAUAACCUCCGAGUUGUGGCAUGAUGAGGAGGAUGAGGAGAUGGGCGACACGGGUUAG